AAGUGCAGCCAGCCGGAAGGCCCCAGGGAGUGCACUGCUCCUGAAAUCCUUUGUGAGCCUCACCAAGAUGAAGUUGCCAGGCCAGGAGGAGUAUGAGGUCUCCUGUGCUCAUGAAAAUGUUUCUGCAGGGGAGCUGGACAGUGACCAUAGCCUUGGUCACAGCCCUGGUGGCUCUUCAGAAACAGACAGCAGAGAACUGGGGGUAUCCAAGGACCCAGCGCUCUUCAUUCAGCUGAAUGAACUGCUGGGCUGGCCCCAGGCACUGGAGUGGAGAGAGACAGGCAGGUGGGUGCUGUUUGAGGAAAAGCUGGAGGUGGGUGCAAGACGGUGGAGUGCCCCCCAUGUUCCCACUCUGGCACUGCCCAGCCUCCAGAAGCUCCGCAGCCUGCUGGCCAAGGGCCUCAUACUGCUGGACUGUCCAGCUCAGAAUCUUCUGGAGCUUGUGGAGCAGGUGAUCAGGAUGGAGUCACUGAGCCUGGAGUUGAGAGGGCAGCUGCAGGCUUUGCUGCUGCAAAGACCCCAGCAUUACAUCCAGACCACAGGCAACUGUUUCUGCUGCGGAUCUACCCCUUCAAGAAAGGCAUCUUACAAUGAGGGGGCCCCUCUGAAGGAACAGAACCCUCUGAGACAGAAGCUGCCUCCAGGGGCUGAGGCAGCAGUUGUGCUGACAGGAGAGCUGGGUUUCCUGGCACAGCCACUGGGGGCCUUUGUGCGACUGCAGGAUCCUGUGGUGUUGGGGACACUUACUGAGGUGCCCCUCCCCAGCAGGUUUUUCUGCCUGCUCCUGGGCCCCACCAUGCCAGGAAGGGGCUAUCAUGAGAUGGGUCGGGCAGCAGCUGUUCUCCUCAGUGACCCGCAAUUCCAGUGGUCAGUUCGUCGGGCCAACAAUCUUCAUGACCUCCUGGCAGCCCUGGAUGCCUUCCUAGAGGAGGUGACAGUGCUGCCCCCAGGUCAGUGGGACCCAACAGCCCGGAUUCUCCCGCCCAAAUGCCUGCCCUCUCAGCACAAAAGGUCACCCUCGCAAAAGCAGGAGGUCGAAGGCCUCUCCGCCCUGAGCACGGCCAGGGCAGAGGACAGACAUGGCCGCGGGCUGCAUGUAUCUAGUCUGGAGUUGCAGCGGACUGGUCGGCUGUUUGGGGGUCUUGUCCAGGACGUGAGCCGGAAAGCUUCCUGGUACCGCAGCGAUUUCUUGGAUGCCCUGCACCCCCAGUGUUUCUCAGCUGUGCUCUACAUUUACCUGGCUACUGUCACUAACGCCAUUACUUUCGGGGGUCUGCUGGGAGAUGCCACUGAUGGUGCCCAGGGAGUGCUGGAAAGCUUCCUGGGAACUGCGGUGGCUGGAGCUGCCUUCUGCCUGCUGGCAGGCCAGCCCCUCACCAUCCUCAGCAGCACUGGGCCAGUGCUGGUCUUUGAACGCCUACUUUUCUCUUUCAGCAGAGAUCACAGCCUGGACUAUCUGCCCUUCCGCCUGUGGGUGGGCAUCUGGGUGACCACCUUCUGCCUGGUGCUGGUGGCCACAGAGGCCAGUGUGCUUGUACGCUACUUCACCCGAUUCACAGAAGAAGGUUUCUGUGCUCUCAUCAGCCUCAUCUUCAUCUAUGAUGCCCUGGGCAAAAUGAUGAAUUUGACUCACGCCUAUCCCAUCCAAAGGCCUGUGUCCCCUGCCUAUGGCUGCCUCUGUCAAUACCCAGGCCCAGCAGGAAAUGAGUCUCAAUGGGUAACAACAAAGCCAAAGAACAGAGAUGACAUCUUAAGCACGGAUCUAGGCCUGGUCAACGCAUCUUUGCUGCUUCCAUUUGAAUGCAUUCAACAUGGAGGCCAACCUCGUGGCCCUGGCUGUCACACAGUCCCAGACAUUGCUUUAUUCUCCCUUCUCCUCUUCCUUACCUCCUUUCUCUUUGCUACGGCCUUCAAGCAUAUAAAGACAAGUCGCUUCUUUCCCUCUGUGGUACGCAAGGUGCUCAGUGACUUCUCCUCAGUCCUGGCUAUUCUGCUGGGCUGCGGCCUUGAUGCAUUCCUGGGCCUAGCCACACCGAAGCUCAUGAUGCCUACGGAGUUCAAGCCCACACUCUCUGGGCGUGGCUGGCUGGUAUCACCUUUUGGAGCCAACCCCUGGUGGUUGAGUGUGGCAGCCACCCUGCCUGCCCUGCUGCUGUCUAUCCUCAUCUUCAUGGACCAGCAGAUCACAGCAGUCAUCCUCAACCGUGCAGGAUAUAAGCUGCAGAAGGGAGCUGGCUUCCAUUUGGACCUCUUCUGUGUGGCUGUGCUAAUUCUGUUGACAUCAAUACUUGGGCUGCCCUGGUAUGUCUCAGCCACUGUCAUCUCCCUGGCCCACAUGGACAGUCUUCGGAGAGAGAGCAGAGCCUGUGCUCCUGGGGAGCCCCCCAGAUUCCUGGGAAUCAGGGAACAGAGGCUGACAGGCCUGGUGGUGUUUGUUCUUACAGGCAUCUCCAUCUUCCUGGCACCUGUACUCAAGUUCAUCCCAAUGCCAGUGCUCUAUGGCAUCUUCCUGUACAUGGGGGUUGCAGCGCUUAGCAGCAUCCAGUUCAUGAAGAGAGUGCAGCUAUUGUUGAUGCCAGCAAAACACCAUCCAGACUUGCUACUCUUGCGACAUGUACCUCUUAACAGAGUACAUCUCUUCACUGCCAUCCAGCUUGCCUGCCUAGGUCUGCUUUGGAUAAUCAAGUCUACCCCUGCAGCCAUCAUCUUCCCCCUUAUGUUGCUGGGCCUGGCAGGUGUCCGAAAGGCACUAGAGUGGGUCUUCUCACCACAGGAACUCCUCUGGCUGGAUGAGCUCAUGCCAGAGGAGGAAAGGGGCAUUUAUGAGAAGGGACUGGAGCCAGAACACAUAUUUGGUGGAGAUGAAAGCCAAGAAGGAUCUCUCUUUCAGUCAGAGCUGAUGUAUCAACCAAAAGUUCCAGAAAUCAACAUCUCUGUGAAUUAGUUGGAGCAAGAGACUGGGAGUGGAGACCCUAUGAAACAGACCAUGAGGUGUUUACUCAGAAAGUCAGGAAAUUGUUGGCCUUUGACUUAGUUACCAGAUGCUGUCGGCUGGGGACCUGAAACAAUGGGGCAAGACUGAAGGGGCAGCUGGCAAAGACUCCGGUUACCUCCUGAGCUAAGGGUGGAAGUUGCAAGGAGCAAGUAGAUUUGAUGGUGCUUAGGAAAGGCUGGUGAGCCAGAGGGACUGACCAGUCCUCAUUCACUCACUCUCUGCCCAUUAAAGGGACUGUUACGGCUUGUGCCUAGAUGUCCCCCCAAAACCUCAUGUGAUCAUAGGUGGGUUUUUUUCAGAGGUGGCUGAAUGUAGAGUGUGACUGAUUCACAGUACAAUGCUAGGACUAAGGGUGUGAGAUUACUAAAUCAGUCCACUGAUUGGUUUGGCACCGCCCUAAUCCAAUAGCCUAG